AUAGUAGGUUUCGUUAAAUCGGGAUUUGUUUUCUUCUACUCUUGAGUCUAGGUAAGACGAUCGAUUAGUCGGGUCUGAGCAGGUGUUUUCCAACGCAACAGUUUUUGUGUGUGUGUUGUAAACAGAAACUCAUUUCCUGUAACACAACAAAUGGCAUUUCGUCCAAACCAUGAAUGCCUUCAGGUGCUCUCUGGAAAUUAAUAAAAGUUAAACGCUAAAUUCUGGAGAUUUACACUAAAAAUAUUGAAAGUUGACUAGAAAUGCUCAUAUUUAUCCUCCUGCUGUGUCAUUUCACUUUAUGUGGACACUGUGCUUGUGUAAGAAAAACCCUUCAAGUACAAACAGGUCAAGACAGUAAAGUGUUUGUUGUGGACCAGGAGGCCAACACAUUUUUAGGACGCCACCUGUUGUUCAACCGCUUCGACUUUGAGAUCUUCACCCCGGGUAAUCUAGAACGGGAGUGUCGAGAGGAGAUAUGCAACUACGAGGAGGCUCGGGAAAUCUUUGAGAAUAUCCCUGAUACAAAUGCCUUUUGGAAGACUUAUACAGAGGAUAAGGGUGAGUCCCAAUCAAAAGUUGAUGUAACAGCAUUGCUGGUGGGCAUCAUCUCCGCUGGAGUCUUUAUUGUUAUAGUUGGCCUCGUUAUCUGGUACUUCUGCCAGGGGAGGAAUAAAGACCAUGGCUUCAGAGGCUCUUUCAGACGUCGAUCCACCCGAAGCAAUGCCUCCGUGAUAAUCCGGAGACUGGAGGAGGUUUCUCUGCAUCCUAUUCCUCACACAGAUGGCAACAUAGAUGCUCCUGGUUUACCUUCUUAUGAACAGGCCAUCGCCAUCACUGGACCACAUGAUGCCCCGCCUCCACCAUAUCCUGGUUCCAGGCCAGGCAGCACCCGACGAUAACCGUAUCAUCAUUUGCCAAACUGAAUCAGGAUGGACUGAAAAGACACCUUUCAAAAACAAAUCACUUUUUUUAUUAUGUAAAUUCUUUUUAAUUGUGUUUAUUUAAAACUAUAACCAUUAAAAAACAGUUUUGAUAUUAAUUAUUAUAACAAUAAAAAGUUAAUCAUGUUUUAUCUAACAUGCUGGGCUAUUAUGAAGGACAUAUACAUAAGGGUAAUUUUAUCCUUUUUUAAGACAUGUUAUAGAAAUCUAGUAGAGGUUGACUUACAAUUAGUGUAUUUACUGGAUCAAUAAUGGUCUGCAUUUGUGAGAAAUACUAUAAUUCUGUGAUCAGCACACCAAAAACAAGAUUACCUCCUCUAACGUCAUGAUACUCAUUUCAGGCUGUGUUGUUUGCACUAAACCUUGUGCAUAUAGAUAAAUUGUUUCUGUUGCUUUCAUCUUAUUAAGAAUUUCUUUUCAUUCUAUUGGCGGAUGUAGUGCAUGCACACCCAGCAAGACUGAGUCAUGUUUUACAAAGUAACACUGCACAGUUACUCUAGAGGUUUCUGGAGGCUGAAGCAUCUCUUUGAUUCCUUUUACAUGAUAGCAGGUGGACUCUGGUGUAGUCGUCAUAGGGAUAUUAAUAGACUUUAUAAUAAAGUUCCUGCUUUGACUA